GCGGGGCUCACGGGCGGGGCCUGGCCUGGCCCAUCCCGGCCGCAGCAGCCGGCGGGCCCGGGGCGGGCGAACGAUGUGAGGAGCCGGGACGGGCCGUGGAGCCGCCCAGGGUCUGUCCCUGCGGCCCUCCGGGAUGAAGCUGAAGAAGCAGGUGACAGUGUGUGGAGCUGCCAUCUUCUGCGUGGCCGUCUUCUCGCUCUACCUGAUGCUGGACCGGGUGCAGCAUGACCCCGCACGUCACCAGAGUGGCGGCAACUUCCCCAGGAGCCAGAUUUCGGUGCUGCAGAACCGCAUCGAGCAGCUGGAACAGCUGCUGGAGGAGAACCACGAGAUCAUCAGCCACAUCAAGGACUCGGUUCUGGAGCUGACAGCCCAUGCUGAGGGGCAGCCAUCACUGCCCCACCACACAACUAAUGGGUCCUGGGUGCUGCCCCCCGAGAGCCGCCCAAGCUUCCUGUCUGUGUCCCCACAGGACUGCCAGUUUGCCCUGGGGGGUAAGGGACAGAACCUAGACCUGCAGAUGCUGGCUGUGUACUCCCUGCUGCCCUUCGACAACCAGGAUGGUGGGGUGUGGAAGCAGGGCUUUGACAUCACCUAUGAGCCCAAUGAGUGGGACACGGAACCCCUGCAGGUAUUUGUGGUGCCGCAUUCCCACAACGACCCAGGCUGGAUCAAGACCUUUGACAAGUACUACUACGACCAGACACAGCACAUCCUCAACAGCAUGGUGCUGAAAAUGCAGGAGGACCCACGCCGCCGCUUCAUUUGGUCUGAGAUCUCCUUCUUCUCCAAGUGGUGGGACAACAUCAGCGCCCAGAAGCGGGCAGCGGUGCGGAGGCUGAUUGGCAAUGGGCAGCUAGAGAUGGUGACAGGUGGCUGGGUGAUGCCUGAUGAGGCCAAUUCCCACUACUUCGCCAUGAUCGACCAGCUGAUUGAGGGGCACCAGUGGCUGGAGAAGAACAUUGGUGUGACACCCCGCUCAGGCUGGGCAGUUGACCCCUUUGGGCACAGCUCCACCAUGCCCUACCUGCUGAAGCGCUCCAAUCUGACAGCUAUGCUCAUCCAGCGUGUGCACUAUGCCAUCAAGAAGCACUUUGCUGCCACCCAGAACCUGGAGUUCAUGUGGAGACAGACAUGGGAUACAGACACUAGCACCGACAUCUUCUGCCACAUGAUGCCCUUCUACAGCUACGACGUGCCCCACACCUGUGGGCCUGACCCCAAGAUCUGCUGCCAGUUUGACUUCAAGCGCCUGCCUGGUGGGCGGAUCAACUGCCCGUGGAAGGUUCCUCCCCGAGCCAUCACCGAUGCCAAUGUGGCAGAGCGAGCCCAGCUGCUGCUGGACCAGUACCGCAAGAAGUCCAAGCUGUUCCGCAGCAAGGUGCUGCUGGUGCCCCUGGGUGACGACUUCCGCUACGACAAGCCGCAGGAGUGGGACGCCCAGUUCCUCAACUACCAGCGCAUCUUCGACUUCCUCAACUCCCAGCCCAGCCUCCACGUCCAGGCGCAGUUUGGGACGCUCUCGGACUACUUUGAUGCCCUGUACAAGAAGGUGGGCAUCGUGCCAGGGAUGAAGCUGCCGGGGUUCCCAGUACUGAGUGGGGAUUUCUUCUCCUACGCGGACCGGGAAGACCACUACUGGACAGGCUACUACACCUCCCGGCCCUUCUACAAGAGCCUGGACCGGGUGCUGGAGGCCCAUCUCCGCGGGGCAGAGAUCCUGUACAGCCUGGCACUCGCCCACGCCCGCCGCGCUGGGAUCACCGGCAGGUACCCACUCUCUGACUACUCCCUGCUGAGCAACGCCCGCCGCAACCUGGGCCUCUUCCAGCACCACGACGCCAUCACCGGCACCGCCAAGGAGGCUGUGGCUGUUGACUAUGGAGUCCGGCUGUUCCAGUCCCUCACCAACCUCAAGCACGUCAUCAUCAACGCCGCGCAUUACCUUGUGCUGGGGGACAAGGACACCUUCCGCCACGACCCUGCAGCACCCUUCCUGGGCAUGGAUGACACACGCCCCAGUCAGGACUCCCUUCCAGAGAGAACAGUGGUCAAACUGGAAACCUCACCACGGUUCCUGGUGGUGUUCAACCCGCUGGAGCAGGAGCGCCUGAGCCUGGUGCCCGUGCUGGUGGACUCCCCACAUGUGCGUGUGCUCUCCGAGGAGGGGCUUCCCCUGCCCUCCCAGCUCAGCCCACACUGGGACUCUGCCACCAAUGCAGUGCCUGAUGUCUACCAGGUUUCGGUGCUGGCCCGGCUGCCCGCGCUGGGGCUGCGCAUGCUGCAGCUGCAGCGCUCCUUGGACGGCCAGGCCACGCUGCCGUCCUCCCUGCGGCUCUACCUGCAUGGCCGCGACGUUCCCGUGCACAAGCCCACCGCCGUGCCCCUGCAAGUCCUUCCGGAUGCCGCCGAUGACUUCUGCCUGGAGAACCAGCACCUGCGGGCCUGCUUCUCAGGGCACUCGGGCCUGCUGCAGAGCAUCCGCCAAGCUGGGGAGGAACGGGAGCAGAGAGUGAACAGCCAGUUCUUUGUCUACGGCACCAGGACCUCCAAGGACAAAAGUGGAGCCUAUCUCUUCUUGCCUGACGGCGAGGCCAAGCCCUACAAUCCCAAGGACCCCCCAGUAGUGCGGGUGACAGAAGGACCCCUCUUCUCAGAGGUGGCCAGCUACUACCAGCACGUCCAGGCUGUGGUGCGGCUUUACAACGUGCCAGGGGUGGAGGGCCUGUCCCUGGACAUGUCUUGCCUAGUGGACAUUCGUGACCAUGUCAACAAGGAGCUGGCCCUGCGUUUCAGUACUGAUAUCGAGAGUGAUGACACCUUCUUCACAGACCUCAAUGGCUUCCAGAUCCAGCCCCGUCGCUACCAUCGGAAGCUGCCACUGCAGGCCAACUUCUACCCCAUGCCCACCAUGGCCUACAUCCAGGACACGCAGAGCCGCCUGACACUGCACACAGCCCAGGCUCUGGGUGUCUCCAGCCUCAGCAGCGGCCAGCUGGAGGUGAUCCUGGACCGGCGCCUCAUGCAGGAUGACAACCGGGGCCUGGGCCAAGGGCUGAAGGACAACAAGCGGACCUGCAACCGCUUCCGCCUGCUGCUCGAGCGCCGUGCCACCGCCAACAAGAGCUCCAGCUUCUUUUCCAAACUUGCCUCCGUGUUUAGAGCCUUGGGCUUCCCCGGCGCCCGGACUGGCAGCCCUGAGAUUCAGGAUGGGCGCCCAAUCAGCUUCCCCUCCCUGAUGAGCCACAUCACCUCCAUGCACCUGAAUGCUGAGGCCCUGGUCAUGCCUGUGGUCCAGGAGAAGCUGGCUCCACCAGCCCUGCGCUCCUUCGCACCCCUUUCCACCACCCUCCCCUGCGACUUCCACAUCCUUAACCUGCGGACACUGCAGGCAGAGGAGGAGUCACUCCCUUCAGCUGAGGCAGCCCUGAUCCUGCACCGCAAAGGCUUUGACUGCAGCCUAGAAGCCAAGAACCUGGGCUUUAACUGCACCACCGGCCAUGGCAAGCUGGCGCUGGGCAACCUGUUCCAAGGACUGGAGCUGAGCUCCCUGCAGCCCACCUCGCUGACCUUGAUGUACCCACUGGGCACAGCCUCCAACGUCACCAAUGUCCACCUGGACCCCAUGGAAAUUGCCACUUUCCGUGUCCGCCUGGGGUAGCAUCUCCUGGAUCGGGAUGGAGCAGACUGGCCGGGCAGCCUGGGAGCAGCGCUGGGCCCGGCAGCACCAGCAUGGCCCAUGAGGGGCUGGGCCAGUGGGCCCACGGCAGGCACUGGCAGGAGGUGCCGGACUUUCAGAGGCUGCUACCUUCUAAUUUAUUAGUCCUGUGUUCUCGGGUAGAUUUCAAAGCAAACUGCUGGGGCAGGGCAGUGCAGAGGCUGCCAGACACUGCCUUGGCAUGGAGACCAUGGGCUGGGCGCUGCACCGAGCGCAGCACUGGUGGGGGCAGUGGGCUGGGCUCUGCCGCUGCUGGCAGCACGGCUGCCCAGGAGGGUGCCAACCCCAGUGUCAUGGGGUAGGGGCCCAUGCUGGGCUUCCCUCAACCCAGGGUGUGCCAGGAGCCUGCUGAGGCUGGGGCAGCUGGCAGGGAGGUGCUGUGGACUGGAGAAUGAGCUCACCUGGAGCUGGUGGGAAACAUGAUGCUGUUUCCAAGGGCCCCACUCGUGUCUGCUUUGUGGUUCUCAUGCUGGUGGUGCUGGGAACGAUGGUCCUGGAAGAUGGGGGCUAAUCUGCACGUGCUGGUGGGGCUGCCAGGGCUGUGACAGACUCUGCUCUAUGGAAUCUCUGCCCUGAAGGUGAUCCUAGGGCUGAGCUAGCUAUGGGGCCCUGGGCAUGUGUGAAAGGCCAGUGGCAUGGCCAGACCCUUGGUCUUGGUAGGAGCAAGGGGCACAGGAUGCAGACUGAAGUUAGACAGCUGCCUGUAUGGGCAGCAACAUCUGGGCUAUGCUUGGGAAUGACCUCUCCCAAAUUUGGUGUCUUUAACUCCUUUUUGGUGUGAUCCUGGCAGCCUGGUUCCUGCUGGGUGGCACCUACACAUGCACCCUGGCACAGUAGCCUCCUGAGGCUGGAGCUGUCAGCUGUGCUGUGAGCUGGAAUUCCUGCAGCUGCUGUGGGAG